AUGCCUUACUUGGCAUCACUAUUGACCCUGGCUGAGGCACUGGACACUGGCACCGUCGAUAUAAAAGGCGCGCCGCUUCCUCUUGGCAUCAGUUCACUUCGAGCCUUGUUACAGUCAACAUCAUGGUAUGAGAUAAUUAAGCUAGUGAUAGUGUCAAUGAGUGUUGCCGUCCUGGUGGCCUCCAGUUGUGCUGAACCUGAAGUGAGUUCCUUCUCCACCUCCUCUACCGCAGGAGGAGGCUUUGGGCUCUCCAGCCCAGGCAUCAGAGGAGGCUUUGGUACAUUUGGUGAAGGAACGCGUCACGGUUCCUUUGGAGGUGUUGGUGGAGGCUACGGUUCCGGAAGCGGCGUCACAAGUCAUUCCAUUUUCAACCUUGGAACGCCCCAGGGUGGAUACGGAGGCAGCUUUGGACAUGGAGGAUCCUCUAGCCUAGGUUUCGGUAGCAGCUCUCUUCGUGGUUAUGGUGUCAGCUCUCUGGGUGGUUUUGGUGGCAGGUCCCUCGGCAGCGGUUACGAUGGCAGCUCACUUGGUGGAGGAUUCGGUGGCAGGUCCCUGGGUGGUUUUGGUGAUAACUCAUUUGGUGGAAGAUUCGGUGGUGGCUCUACUGGCAGCAUCGGAGCAUCGUAUGGGAAGAAUAUUCCUGCGCAGGCCCUAAACUGUAGUCAGUUCACUUGGAGCCUUGCUACAGCCAACAUUAUGAAGCUGGUGAUAGUGUCAAUGAGCGUUGCCGUCCUGGUGGCCUGCAGUUGUGCUGAACCCGAUGCAAGUUCCUACUCCACUUAUCCUUACGCAGGUGGAAGCUAUGGGCUCUCCAGUCCAGGCAUUGGAGGAGGCUUCGGCUCAUUUGGUGGAGGAACACGUUACGGUUCCUUUGGAGGUGUUGGUGGAGGAACACGUUACGGUUCCUUUGGAGGUGUUGGUGGAGGCUACGAUUUGGGAAGCGGCGCCACGAGUCAUUCCAUUUUCAACCUUGGAGCGCCCCAGGGUAGAUAUGGAGGCAGCCUUGGAAGCGGCUUCAAUAGAGGUUACAUCGGAGGAUCCUCUGGCUUAGGUUUCGGUGGCAGUUCCCUUGAUGGAACCUACGGUGGCAACUUCCAAGGUGGAAGGCUCGGUGGAAACUCCUUUGGGAGUGGUUACGGUGGCAGCUUCCUUGGCAGUGGUUAUAAUGGCGGCUCCACUGGCAGAGUCGGUGUUUCAUAUUGGAAAUGAAUACGUGAAUUGCACAAGCAAGUGAACAUAUAGAUUCAAGGAAGUCUGACACCUCUUCUUUACAUUUUUUUGUUUAGCACUCACAUGACAACUUUCGUACAAAAUAAUUUCAAAUAAAAAAUUCAAUGAAAAAUUAUUGGCUGUUUGAUAUGACGGUAUAAUUCCCAGUCAUAUGUAAUUGGCAUCAAUACAUCACAGUAGAGUUUAUGUAUGAAUCAAGGUCCAAGUAUGCAUGUCUUAUAUCUUUUUUUAUUAUUAUUAAUGUAAUUUAGAAGCAAAAAUAAAGACUAAUAUAAUA